GCUCUGACUUUCUGAACAGCGACCUCAGGCGCACCGAGACGCGCAGAGACGCCGCAGUCACAUCCAGUGUGCCAUGGCGCUAUCAAAUGUCCUCGAAACUCCAGCAGCUGGGUUUAAUUUUGACAACGCAGCAAGAAAUGCUGCGUUAGAGGGUCUUUUUGACGGAGCAAAAACUCCAAAUCCUAUGAAAACAGGAACCACCAUAGCAGGAGUCGUGUUCAAGGAUGGGGUGGUGUUAGGAGCAGACACAAGAGCCACUUCCAGCGAUGUGGUGGCCGACAAGAUGUGCGCCAAGAUUCAUUACAUUUCUCCAAAUAUGUACUGUUGUGGAGCAGGAACUGCAGCAGACACAGAGAAAACCACAGAUCUUCUGUCAUCCAACCUCACCAUCUUCUCCAUGAACAGUGGGAGGAACCCUCGUGUUGUCAUGGCAGUGAACAUAUUACAGGAUAUGCUGUACAGGUAUCAUGGUCAGAUUGGUGCCAGUCUCAUACUGGGAGGAGUGGACUGCACUGGGAAUCACCUGUAUACGGUGGGGCCAUAUGGGAGUGUAAAUAAGGUUCCAUACCUUGCAAUGGGAUCUGGAGAUCUGGCUGCUCUUGGGAUUUUAGAGGACGGGUUCAAACAUGACCUGGAGCUGGAAAAGGCGAAGGAACUGGUGCGAGAUGCCAUCCAUGCUGGCAUCAUGAGUGACCUCGGCUCAGGGAACAACAUCGACAUCUGUGUCAUCACCAAAGAAGGUGUGGACUACAUCAGACCCUACCAGGAGUCUCAGUACAAAGAUAAGAGGAAAAUGAAAUACAAGUAUCAACCAGGCACGACAGCAGUUCUCACAGAGAAAGUUGUCCCAUUCCACGUGGAGGUUGUACAGGAGACUGUUCAACAGAUGGAUACUGUCUGAGCUGUGACGUACAAGCACACUUAAAUACAACAUAUAGCAGUUAGAUGACAUCUCUUAAUUUAACUGAACUGUUUUUACAGAUUUGUCAUAUAAUAGCAAAUAUUUGUAAACAUGCUUUUGUUUUUUAUGCUUUAUGAUGUAUAAUUCAAAAACUGUAAUAAUGCAGGGUUUAUCACUUGGUAUGUGGAUUAAAACACUGAAUAAAAACCUUUUUACACUC